AUGGAACACCUGCCUAUGAGGCUCUCAUUCCCUCUCACAAAUCUGGUAUUUUUUCAGUUCAGAUGGAAAAGCUGCUGUUACUUUCAGAACAACGUUUUCAUACUACUGUUUUUCCAAUUCUACAAUGGUUGGAGUGCGUCGUUCACCACUGACCCGGUCUAUUCAAUUUUGUACCCUAUCAUAUUUUCAAGUCUCCAACCGAUCAUCGUGGGUGUGAUCGAUCAGGAUGCACCGGCCGAUGAGUUGCUGUCAAAUCCUGCGCUCUAUGCCCCAGGCCGGAGAGGAACGAAGUACACGUACCAACUUUUUGCCAUCAAUACCAUUGAUGGAAUCUGGCAGGCGGCCGUG